AUGUCUAUUGUAUUUAACUUUGAAGCUACAAUGGAUAUUGAUUCAAACAAUAAUUCAUUGAAUGGGAGUGAGGAAGUUGAAGAACAAGAUAACAAUCUUUAUAUUAACGAAAAUGGUGAAGUUGAAGAACCCAAUAAGGGGAUGUAUUUUAGCUCAAAACAAGAAGUGUACGCAUUUUAUGUAAAAUAUACAAAACACUGUGGAUUUGCUAUAGCUUUUAGAUCACAAAAUCUAACAAGUGAUGGGAAAGUGAAGUAUUUUGGAAUUGAAUGUACUCGGGCGAGGUUCAAAACAAAAAGAUCAGAAAUAAAUCCCUUGGAACCAUCUUUGUCAUCAAAAAUUUAUUACAAAGCAAGGGUCAGAGCUAGUCUACAAAAUGAUGGCAGAUAUAAGUUAACCACAGUUGUGCUUGAGCACACUCAUGAUUUGAAUCCUACUGACUCACGACAUUUUGCAAUGAAUAAGAGGAUUCUUACUCCGGUGAAGAGAAGACUAGAAGUGAACGAUGCAGCAGGGAUUGGGGUGGCGAGGAAUUUUCAUUCCAUGGUUGUUGAAGCAGGGGGAUAUGAGGCAUUAACGUUUGAUGAACGAGAUGCAAGGAAUUAUAUUGAGAAUGCUAAAAGAUUGAGACUUGGGCUAGGAGACGCCGAAUCAGUUACACUUUAUUUCCAUAAAAUGCAACAACAAAAUUCGAACUUCUAUUUGGCAAUUGACCUUGAUGAAGAUGGUCGCAUGCGAAACUUGUUUUGGGCAGAUGCAAGGAGUAGGGCGGCUUAUAAAGCAUUUGGGGAUGUUUCAAUUUUGUUUGGAUGUGGGUUGUUAUCUAAUGAGAACACUGAGACAUUUGUCUGGCUAUUCAAAGAAUGGUUAAGUUGCAUGUCAGACGUGCCCCCAAAAGCAAUAAUAGCUGACCAGUGUAGAGCUAUGCAACAUGCCAUAGAAAUAGUUUUCCCACAGGCUCGACAUCGUUGGUGCUUAUGGCAUGUAAUGAAGAAAAUUCCGGAGAAACUAAGAGGAUAUUCACAAUAUGAAGGCAUAAAGGUUGCUUUGCAAAAUGUUGUUUAUGAUUCAUUCACGAAAGAUGAAUUUGAGGGAAAUUGGCUUGCAAUGGUUACAAAAUUCAAUGUGAAUGAUAACGAGUGGUUAGGGUAUUAUACCAGGUCCAUAUAUGAGGUGCCAAAUAAAUACAUUGUCUCGAGAUGGAGAAAAGAUUUGGAAAGAGGGUAUACAUGGAUUCCAACCACAUAUACUAACUUUGGGGCUGCUAUAAAUCCAAAGUUGCAUGAUUCCUAUCACAAGGCGUUAGAUGACAUCCUAGAACUUGCCACCAAUGAUGAUGGUAAACACAAAGUGAUUCAACUUGGGUUGAGGGAAAUCAAGGAUCGAGUGAAAACUAUUGCAUCGAGUACUGCGAGUAAUAUGCCAUGUACUAGUACUGUACCACCUUCUACUAGUAUUGUACUGCCUUCCCAUUCUUCACCGAAAAGUCCGCCACGUAUGAAUACUACAAAAGCAAGCAACACUCGCAAGGUACUCAGUCCUUUGGUUGCUCGCCGAAGAGGCCGCCCAUGUACGAAGCGGAAGGUUAGCAAGGUUGAUGAAAUAGUGAAUCGGUUGAAGAGAAAGAACAAGAAGACUAUUCCUGCACAGGUGCCGCAAGAUCAAGCUUAUUAUGUUCCUUCUAUGGUUGGCACACAAGAUAGUAUGUAUGUACCGGCAUGGGUUUGCACAAUGAAAACGUCGGACAAUAUUGGAAGCACAUCAGGAAUGGUCAACAAUGUGAAGAUGCCCAAUUUUCAUAACCGGGUUGACCUGGUUUUUGAAUGUACAUGA